CCAUUCUGGUCAGAAACGAAAAAAGCUGUAUAGCAUGAUGGACUUUAUCAGGAAAGCAUGUGCCUUGUCAACCCCCCAACAUGCGGGGCAAGGCGAACAUGGACCUUGCACGCCAUCGAAUAAGAGACACCACCAUGCACGAUGAAACAGAGGACUCGGGCAACUCUUGGUCUGCCAAUGCCGGUCGAACAAACGAGUGGGUUGCAACGGAGGGCGUGAUCAACGAUAUAACCACACCCGUCGUUAAACCUGUCGAAGUCGUGGAAAAUGCCGUCGCUGCCGGUUCUCAGUCUAAACAAAUGAAUGAGAACAAGUCGCAAACGAUAGAUCAUGGUGACUUGUUAGGUCAAAGUUCUUCUAUUGAAAUGUCUCAUUCGUUCACCAAUGCAGAUAUCAUCGACGUUCUUGCUUACAUCGAAUUCAUAAAAUGUCGACGCGAGGCCCCUUCGAGAAAUGGUGUAUCUAACCCUGAUGCUUCAUUACCCAACCAGGGGACUGAAGAUCAGCUUCGGCGGCGUCUGAACGCUCUCGCGCACCAGGCUACCCAAUCGCCUGAUGGUAAUAUGAGGAGCGAGGAUAUGUGGUAGUGCCUAUGACUCUGUUUAAAUUUGUUGUUUCUUUUUCCCCGCCACCAAUCACAUUGUAUUAUCGAGUUUUCGUGGGAAACUGCAGACUGACUAUACUGUUGCAAUUGGACCGAUCAAGCAAUGAAGCGUGUGUGCAAGGUGGUUAUCCACGAAGCAACCAUCAUUGUCUGCACGAAUAACACCGCCGGCGACGAAAAGCGGUUGGCGCCGACUGUUCUAUCCAACCAGGGUGGAAAGCGCUACAACGAGGUCUCCAACCAGCUUGAGGUUCCGUUCGUCAGCCGAUUACUCGGGGUGAAUUACCCCUCGAUUACCCUGACA